CAUCCGUGUUUAGUCAGUCAGGCUGCUCAUUGACUUCACCGAGACACCGCGCAAGAACAAGGGCACUAACGGUGCAACCAUGGACGCGUGGACCUAUCAAUUUGGGAACCUCUCCAAAGUCAGCCCCUUCGAGGGCCCACAGUACCAUCUGGCCCCCAAGUGGGCUUUCUACCUGCAGGCAGCUUUCAUGGGCUUUGUAUUUCUCGUGGGCACACCUCUGAACGCCAUCGUCCUCUUUGUUACAAUGAAGUACAAGAAACUCAGACAGCCUCUCAACUACAUCCUGGUGAACAUCUCCCUAGGAGGCUUUAUUUUCGACACUUUCUCUGUAAGCCAAGUAUUCUUUUCCGCCCUUAGAGGUUAUUUCUUCUUCGGUUAUACGAUGUGUGCAAUGGAAUCGGCGAUGGGAUCGAUUGCGGGACUUGUGACAGGAUGGUCUCUGGCGGUUCUGGCUUUCGAGAGAUACGUGGUUAUCUGCAAACCCUUUGGAAGCUUCAAGUUCGGACAAAGCCAGGCAAUGGGAGCCGUUUUGCUCACCUGGAUCAUAGGUGUCGGUUGUGCCACUCCUCCAUUCUGGGGAUGGAGCAGAUACAUUCCAGAGGGUCUCGGCACCUCCUGCGGACCUGACUGGUACACAAAAAGCGAGGAGUACAAUUCAGAGAGCUACACUUACUUCCUCUUGGUCACCUGCUUCAUCCUGCCAAUAAUGAUCAUCAUCUUCUCCUAUUCACAACUGUUGGGAGCCCUGCGUGCUGUUGCAGCUCAGCAGGCCGAGUCUGCCUCCACCCAAAAGGCUGAGAAGGAAGUGUCCAGGAUGGUUGUUGUGAUGGUUGGCUCUUUUAUAGUUUGCUAUGGCCCUUAUGCCAUCACUGCCUUGUAUUUUGGCAAUGCUGAUGAUUCAAACAAGGAUUACCGUCUGGUGGCCAUCCCUGCUUUGUUCUCAAAGAGCUCCUGCGUGUACAACCCCCUAAUCUACGCCUUCAUGAACAAACAGUUCAAUGCCUGCAUCAUGGAGACUGUAUUUGGCAAGAAGAUUGAUGAGGGCUCAGAGGUUUCCAGCAAGACCGAAACCUCCUCAGUGUCUGCAUAAAUUAUUCCACAACCUAUUUACAACUUGUCUGGACAUGUUUUCCUGUUAUACCUUCCCCUGAUUGGUCAAAUCCUGCACCUUUACACCUUGUCGAGGGCCGAGGGAGUCCCUAUGUCCCGAAGACACAGCCCGCUGGAUGGCCAAACCAGAGGGCGAUAUCCUACCAUCCUUUCUGUGCAGAACUGGUACACCUUCAAAAUACUGCGAUUGUAUUUAUUUUUUUUGUAAUGAAAAACAUUGCUGUUUUAUGUUAAAACAAUGCAUUAUGCAUUGACGAUGAAGUAGAAUAUUUAAUUGUUAACUUGCAACAGAAAAUCUAAAAAAUAAAA